AUGAGCAUGUGGCCUGUGGGGUUAAUUGGUGAACAUGCAAUAAAAUACAUUAAUGGAAAUCACAAUGAUGGAUUUUUUAUUAAUGGAAUUUAGCAUGAAGAAAAAUAAAGGAUAUAUACUGAAGGGGCUGAAUAUUAAGGAGGUUGGAUAAAUGAUAAUAGAUAAGGUAAGGGUAAUUAUAAAUGGACCAAUGGAGAUGAGUAUUAUGGAGAUUGGAGAAAUAAUAAUCGAGAAAAAAGAGUUAGAUGA